AUGGCUGAUGUGGUGAACGUAAAUGAUGACGAUGAAGCAUGUCGAAAUGAAAUGAGAACAAUGAUUGUGGAAGAAGUAGAGAAAGCGAUCGAAGCUAGUCUUCCCCGACUAGUUCAAGAAGUGGAAGGUAAAGUAUUGGGGGUAGUCGAUACUCUAGUAACAUCUAAGGUGGAAGAAUUGAAGGAAAUGAUUAAUGAACUGCAAACGAAGAAAAGUACUCGGAGGGGCACGUACAAGGAAUUCAUGGCAUGUAACCCCUUUCCAUACAAAGGGGAACUUAACCCGAUAGCUUGUACUGAGGUCGUGUUUAUAAGAAGUAGAUGUGAAGUGGAGGAUCAAGUGAUGUUUGCUACGGGCCUCCUACAACUCCAAGCAAAGGAUUGGUGGGACGCAUAUUCGAAGGAGUUGGGGGAUGAUAAAGUACAAACCUUAACAUGGCAAGAGUUCAAGGAGCCAUUUCUGAAAUAUCAUAGCCCACAAUCCGCAAUUGAUAAGAUUCAAGAAGACUUCUUAUGUGUUCGACAAAAGGAUGAAACGAUUGACGAAAUAAUGAACAACUUCCUUGACAAGGUGAAGUUUUGUGGGGAGAUAGCGGGGACUGAGAGGUUGAGAAUUUUACGCUAUCAUGCUAUGUUAAAGGCUGAAUAUCGGGAGUUCGUAAAUCCCUCCAAGUGUGCAAUGUUGAAUGAUUUAAUCUACUGGGCAAGAGAUAGGGAUAUCGAGUUAAGAAGGCAGGUUGAACGGGGAGAGAAAAGGGUGGCGGAGAAGCCUACCAACACAAACCCAUCGAAAAAGGCAAGAUAUCAAGAUCAAAACAGGAAAGGGAAUACAAGUAGUGGAAUUCCGACUUGCAAGACAUGUGGGAAACAUCAUUCGGGUGAAUGUUUUUUGGGAAGGAAAGGAUGCUACAAAUGUGGGCAAGAGACACAUCCAUAUUAUAGGUGCCCCGAAAAUUCAAAAGCGCGUUACGAUUGUAAUCAAACAGGGCACAUUAAAGCAGAAUGUCCGAAACUCCAACAAGGGGCAAAGAAAGAUGGAAAGAAGGAUGAGUCUUCCAAGGCUCGUGUGAGGAUGUUCCAGUUAACCUCUGAUGAAGCUAAGACUAGCCCGGAUGUGGUUUCAGGUAUAUUCUUAGUUAAUUCUAUGCCUAAGUGUGUUUUAUUUGAUUUCGGGGCUAGUAGAUCAUUCAUUUCUAAUGAAUUGUUAGUUCAUCCAUCGUUUAAGCUUGAAAAGAUGUUAAUACCCUUAGAAGUGGAAGUUGCUGAUAGUAAAAGCUAUUUGUUACAUGAUAUUUGUAGAAACUGUAAGAUCUUAAUAGAAGAUGAGGAAUUUAGUAUAGAUCUUCUUCCGAUGUACAUGGGGGAAUUUAAAGUGGUUGUAGGAUUGGAUUGGAUUCAAUGCGAAAAGAAAGUUAUUCAUAACGGAGGUAAGGCGUAUCUAUCUUAUGUGAUUGACACCAAUCGAGGUGUUCCAAAGCUUGAAGAAGUGAAAGUAUUGAACGAAUAUCCGGAUGUGUUCCCGAAAGAUUUACCGGGGCUUCCGCCCAAGCGGGAAGAAGAAUUCAAGAUAGAGCUCAACCCGGACGCUAAGCCGGUAGCCAAAGCUCGUUAUUGA